CCAUUUGUAAACAUGGAUGGUGAUUUAGAGUUAAUGUAACGUGUGGUACAAUAUGUUUUGUUGAGGGUUGUUGUAUCAAACGGGUUAAAAGUCUACAGAAAUGGGGUUGAGAGUGUUUGAUAUAAUGGCGAGUAAACCAGACAAGACAAAGAAGAAGCGGACAGGGUCAGAAUGGUCAAAGACUGGCAGCUUUAUGAACAAACCAGAUCGAGGCUGGAUCCACCCUGACGUACAGCUUCAUGUUGACAGUGGAAUCUGCUAUGGAGUCCGGUAUAUUGGAUGUUUGGAGGUAAAGGAGUCGAUGAGAAGCCUAGAUUUUGACACACGGACAAGUCUUGCCAGAGAAGCCAUUAGCCGAGUUUGUGAAUCAGCUGGGAUGAAACCGUUAUCAAAGAAAAAAAAGGAUAAGAAAUUGAGCAAGAUGUUGGGAGAGAGGCCAGAGAUGCAGUAUGCUGGAUCAAAUGUCAACCUGACCAUAACUACAGAGGCACUUACCCUGAUGAUAAUGGAGUCUGGUGAGAUGAUUGCCAACCAUCAGAUGCCUGGAAUAUCUUUUGCAUCGGGAGGAGAUUCAGAAACAUUAGACUUUGUAGCUUACGUGGCUAAGGAUGCUGUAAAUGGACGAGCGUGCCAUGUCCUGGAAUGUGGAGGUGGUUUGGCUGAGGACGUCAUCACCACCAUAGGGCAGGCUUUUGAGCUCCGCUUCAAAGAAUAUCUGAAGAACCAGCCCAAACCAGUCACAGCGCCAGACAGAAUGGAGAACCCUAUUAGUGAGGGGGAUGCGUGGGGAGAGGACCAUGAAGGAGAUUAUUAUAAUGACCGACCUGGAGCACGCCCACCCUUGACACAAGCUUCAGAAUAUGCUGUUCCCACCUCCAACUUACCUGUAAGUGAUGGAAUGUAUUCUUCUGUGAAAGACCCACCAUUGUAUGACGAGGCAAAGGAGCACUCGCUCAUUGACUUCUCAGAUGCUGAAGUUGCAGAAAUCUAUGACAAUAAAGGAAAUGUGAAUGGCGCCUACAAAUUUGAUACAGAUAACGUGUAUGACAACAAAGAAAAUGUCAUCUCCUCCCCAGAGAAAAAUGGAGCUGCAGAUCCAUUUGACAUGGAACCGUUCAAUGCGGGCCUACCAUCAGAUCAGGAGACUUUCCGCCGACACCCUGACGUGCCACUUUCUCCUCCAGACGUGCCUCCUCAAUCUACCUCCAACAUAGCACCUGUGUUUGAGGACUGGUAUCACGGUGCAUUGCCAAGGAAACAGGCUGAAAAGUUAUUACAGAAGGAUGGUGACUUUCUGGUGCGACAGAGUUCCUCUGACCCUGGCCAGUUUGUACUGUGUGGGAAACAGGAUGGCUCUAUAAAGCAUCUGCUACUUGUGGAUCCUGAUGGUGUGGUGAGGACCAAGGACCGGGCCUUUGACAGUGUGCCCCAUCUCAUCCAGCAUCAUCGCACUCACAGUCUGCCAAUCAUAUCACAGGAGAGUGAGCUUCACCUUCUUCGUCCAAUCAGCAACGCUUACACAAACUGCUGAAGGAUGUGUAUACCAGAAAAAAAAGUGUCAUAUUUUGUCUCGUGGUGUCAGGGUCAUGACCUUGAAAUGUGACAGAUGUUUACUCAAGAGGUCAAGAUGUGUCUAUAAUGACACAGCAUGUGUACUCGAUCAGACAUGCUCGUAUGUUUAUAUUGUACUACAGAGAUGUAGUGUCUAUGGAAUAAUCAUUCAAAUGUAGAGAGUCCAUGGACAUAAAUUGUUUGCUAAUAACUGGUAAAAUCUGAUAACCUAUUAUUGAUAGCUGGGUUUCUUACUCCCCACAUUAUUGAUAACUGGUUAUCAUUGAUACUUUAUUCAGUGUCAUAUAUUUUCCUGUUUAAUCAUGAUAGACACAACACAUGUAAUUUUACAUGGUUCAGACUCAAAUUCAUGAUAAAAGAAACUUUGAUGUAGGAAUGAACUGCAACUAAACAGGAAAUGUAGUCCUCACUUAGUUUAUUGAAGAAUUAACUGGACUUUGAAAGUCAAAUGAAAAGAAUUUUAUUUCACAAAACCAUAUUUUAUUUUUUGAUUAAAAUCAUAGAACAAAGUGGAUAGGACCUUUCUUAUCCAACUUCCAAUGUUUAGUUGUCAACUAUAGAUCAUUGAAAAGACGAACAACUUAAAGAUAUGCAAUACAUGUAUUUCAUUUGUUAAAAUUUCACUGUGUAGAUAAAAAAAACUAACUGGUCUUAGUUAUCCUGGUCAAUUGAUAUUCUAACAAUAAAAUAAUUUUGCUGUUUGAGCAACUGAUCAUCUCGGAUACUGUUUUUAUUCUGCCAACUUGUUGACUGAUAUUUGUUUAUAGCAUUGACAGAUUUGCUAUUUGGGUUGUUGGGUCGCUUGACAAUCACACAAACUGCCAUGUCGAUCUGUAGGAGAGUGUAGGCCCCUACACACAAACAUCACCCAUUAUUUUUGUAAUCAUUGAUGAAGAAAUCAUAUUGUUUUUACUGUUUACUUUGUUUUCAAAAAUUAGUUUUAUGCCAUUUUAACAAAUUGUAUAACAGCAUCGUUUAUGUCGAUAUUUUUAACAUUUAAUGUGUGUGAAAGCUUCCAGUAUUAAAUGUUGUUUUAAGAUAUUUAUUGUAUAAUACUGUCAGGCUUAUUUUUGGGUCAAUUGCUAUUUAUAUAUCUAAACUAUAUUUCUUUAACUUCCUUACCAGGGUGUAAAGUGGUUUCUGACGAUAAAAAUGUUGGAAAGAAAGGAUAGAAAAGAAAAUUAAAACUUAUCUUGAUAUUGAUGGUAAAUUUUCUUCUUCUUUCAAAAGAAAAAUAUAAUUUACAGGGUAAGUGUAGAAAUAGUUUACAUGUGUCAUUAUACAUAAAGCUGAUGCUAUGUACUGUAAACAUAUUUAUUUUGUUUCACUCGAAAUUUAAUUUAUGCGAUUAGCCAAAUGAAAACAGAUUAGUGCCAUAAUUAAUUGGCUCUACCUCUAUGCUUGCCGUAGAAAACAAAUUAUAUACAAAUAGAUCCAUCGUUCAUAAUUUAGAGAAAGUUUUCAGCAUGAAAAGUAUUUAAAUACUUGGAUUUUGAAAUACUUAUAUAUUACGUUUGCAGUAUUCAUGCUUGGAAUUUCAGCAGAGAACAACUGUAAUACAAAUUUGUGUUAAAGAUUUGCUCAAUACCUAUGUAUUUUACAUUGACCUUCUUGUCUUUUAAUUAAAUGUGUUUAUUGUAAGAAAAUUGUCAGCUUUCCCGGGCUAAUGAGACCAAAAUUGUCACAAUAUAAGGAUAUUGAGUGUUAAUAUCCCAUUCAGUACCGCUGUACAUUAUCAAUUAUUAUGCUUUGUGGGGGUCAUCGUUAUCUGUAAUAUUCACUGACAAAUCAAUAUUAUUAUAAAAAUGUGUUAAAGAUGACAAUUCAUUACAGGCUUAUUCACAAUAAAGAUAUGUUUGGUUUUUUGGUCUGGAAAAUGGGUGAUCAUAAUUCACUUCCCUCAUUGCCUAGUAAAGGAAGCGAGUGAUCACCUUGUCCGUGUUAACACCAUUUGAAGUUUACACACAUUCACAUACACAAAUUACUAAUGAGUGGGCUGAGGUAUAAUAUUAAGUGAGUUGCUGCUCACUUUAUUUCUAUUGUGUCAUUUAUUACUGUUUCACAGGGGCUUGGUACAACUUCCCAACUGCGUGGUCCAUACCUGUACAUAUAUGGACAAUGGGUUAGAAAUUGGUGUCAAGAACCUGUGUACCUUACAUGUGAGGCCAGGAUUUAUUUGUUGUGUUGUCAGUAAAUUAGAUUUCCUACCAGUGCUGUUGUGCUGGUCUCUACUGAAUACUGUACAAAUGUUGCUAGUCAGUUGUUAGUUAACAAAUAGAUCAAAAUCCUGGUAAAGCAUACACAGAGUAUAUAUGUAUCAUUAUAUUAACAUAUUUUAUAUAUCUUUAUCGUUUCAUUUUAAUGCCAUAUACAAAUAUAAUUUGUGAGGUGUGAGUUAUAGUUACAGUAAUAGACUAUAGUUUUUUUUCCAGAAUUCUGAUAUAAAGACUUGAUUUUACAUUUACUUUAAAUGUGGAGAGUUCAACUGGAGGCUCUAUCAUUGAUAGAUUUACUGAAAUUAUGAAGCGGUUGUAUAAAUGACAACAUUUUAAUAGAUACCCGGGUAUUAAAAUUGUUCUCAUUACAAGCAAAUUAUUUUGAUAUUGGUAACAAAGAGUUCAUGUCCAAAGAAAUGUGUCUAUAUAUACUUUCCAAGUUGUUCUUGAUCAAAGAACUAGGAACAAUAGCUCAAGUAUACAGAGAAAUGUUCAGAGUCAUCCUUUGUAUUAAGACGGUUUCCUCUAUGUAGUUAUCUCCCCUUAAUCCAUCAAUGGAGGGUCUGUACAUCAUGGUUGUUCUCAUUUAUCACUGUAUAAGUGGUUGGACUCAUUGGACCAAAGUUGUUUGUUUAUGAAAUAUUAACAAACCUAGUGAUUUUAUGUUGAAUUUUGUCUGUAUUAAGAUGCAGGUCCAUCAAGAUUUAUACCUGAAAUGGUUAAAUGUUGACAAAAACCGAUUUGUCCACAUAAAUGAACAGGCACCAUGUAUACAAUGUAAGAAUUAUAGAAGAGAUAAAUAUAGAUAUCAAAGCUGCAUGGAUAUGUCGGACCGAAGAUGGUUCAAUAUGAAGUGUUUAUUCUGUAAGGAGCGUAGGAACAAAUACCAAGGUAUACACAUUACUUUAUUUCUCUAAUAUUUGAUGUAUUCUGUGUAAUUCAUAUAAACAUACAUACAAUGGAUAUUUAAAAUGUUACAUAGAAAUUUUGCAGUGAAUUUCAAGGAUCGUGUAAUGGAAGGUAAAAAGUUUUUUUAGUUGACAAGAUUUCAUGAACAAUUUUUGAACAAAUUCUUUUUUUAAAGAUUUUUGAAAAAAAUUAGGGAAAUAUUUUCCCAAAACUUAUAUUUACUGGUGAUGUGACUACAGAGGCAUUUUGUGUGGUUAGGUGAUAUGAGUGGUAGUGUUUUAGAGUGAGUGAGGACUUAAUACUGUGACAUCUUUAUACUAAAUACCAAAGGUGACGGGGUGGAGAUGUCAAUCAUAGAAGUGCUUUUAUUAUACAUAUGGGAUCAGUUUACAAUGAUAGAUUUGUUAUUUAGUAUGUUAUCAAGAAUGAAAACAUUCUUACUGGUUAACUAUCAUUGCCUGGUUCGCCCAGUGAUUUGGUUCUCCACUAAUCUGAAUGUUUCUGAUGUUUUAUCUGCCUUAAAACUUUUGAUAUGGGUUUUUUGGUCAAUGAGAUUUUCAAAAGGCUGAUAAUAGGUUAGUUCACCACUUGAACCUUCCAACUGUAAUGUGAAACUUUUCCAGGCCAUUUUCAAAAACACAUCUAUUAUAGUAGUUAUCAUCUUCGUUCAUAAGAUGGACAGUAAGAAAGGCUAUACAUUUUGUACUUAGAAAAGGAUCAAUUUCAUGUCGCUACACUUUAAGUGGAGUUUUAUACAUUUGUCAAACUUAGGCAUUUUACUAGAUAUUCCCAUACAUAUCUAUUGAAGAAAAGCUCAAUCUGUAAAGAUGAAUAAAACAAAAUCAUCUUGAAAACUUUGAUCACACACUUUUAAUACAUAAUUUUGUGCUCUGACCAUUAAUUAUAUGCUAGUUUCAAGGCUGCUAAGAGUCACAAUGGUCUCGUCUGCAUUUGUUACAAGCACUAGUAUGAAAUACUAUGAGAGCUUCACUGUAACCAAGACUAAAUCAAACUUGAGGCCAACAGAGUGUCUGCAAAUAUAUCAAGCUGUGAUUUUCUGUUUACUAAUGGACUAAACUAUAAAGUUAUAUAAGUUAUAUUUCCUGUAAUUCUAAUUACUAAUGUUUUGUGAUGUUUCUAUUUUGUAAAUGACUGUAUGUGAUAGGUAUACCAGAUAGAUAUACUGCCAUGUACAGUUUGUAUGGAAUACUGUAUAUCAAUUGUGAUUCCCCAUCUUCAAAACUUGUUACUGUAAAAUUGUACAUAUUAAAUCUCUAAGCAGACUAACAUGUUGGAAUUAUAAUAAACAUGAAUACGAGUCUGAA